UCAUAAAUUGAAAUGACCGUUUUUUUCCACCAGAGGCCGUGAACGCAGCGCGAGGCAUCGCGGCGGUCACGUGACGUUUUGUUGACGGUAGAGGACGGAGGGAAGAUGGCGGCCCGCUGGAGCAGCGAGAAUGUGGUGGUGGAGUUUCGGGAUGCGCAGGCCACCGCCAUGUCCGUGGACUGCCUGGGCUCACACGCCGUUCUGUCGGGCCGGCGUUUCCUGUACAUGGUGAACCUGGAGGCGCCGUCCGAGCCGCCGCGAAAAAUCGGGCGUCAGAGCAAAUGGGACGUGGGGACGGUCCAGUGGAACCCGCACAGGUCCGAGUCCCACGUCUUCGCCGCCUCGAGUAACCAGCGGGUGGAUCUGUACUCGUGGAGAGACGGCUGUGGAGAAGUUCACACCUCGCUGCAGGGACACACUCGAGUCAUCAGUGAUCUGGACUGGUCCUGGUUUGAGCCGGAGUUCCUGGUCACCAGCUCAGUGGACACCUACAUCUACAUCUGGGACACGAGAGACACUCGUAAACCCACGGUGGCGCUCUCUGCUGUCG